AUGCUCGCAAAGGACAUGGCAACUAGUUUCUUCGACUUUCUACAUAUGAACAAGCAGAAAACAUUUCGUCCCAAAAAGCGCUUUCCUCACGGCACCCUUCGUCACAAUUUGCACAAACAAGCCCAAGCAACACUCAAUUCUGGUGUUGAUUUGAAGCAGGUUGUGCGUCUACCCCCAAAUGAAUUUUUGGAUGAUUGGCUAGCUGUAAAUAGUGGGUGGUUUUUUUUUUAUUUAUUAGAUUUUCCGUUAGUUUUGCAAAAUAUUCUCUUUAAUAUUUAUUGA